AUGGCGACUCCCUCUUCAAAACCGAAUCCAGGUGCGACACCAACGCACUUAACCUCAUCUCCCCGACCAUCAGGAGUCCCCAUGGCCCGUCCCAUGUCACACAAGUCACCAUCGGCAAGAAGCCCCUCGGCGUCGGGACACUUUCACGGUGGUGGGGGGGGUCACGCACCGCUGCAUCAGUACUCUACGCCUCUUGCUGUUGCAGCUGCGGGACUCGAUGAUCCAGUUGCUUUUAGUUCGCCAUCGGCCCUCUUAGCACUUGGAGGUUAUAGUGGGAUCAGCCCGUCUCCUGCAACGCAUGAAGUCUUGGCCGGGGCUGGCAUGCACGACAGCGAUAUUCACGCGCUCGGAAUGCACGGUUUUAAGCUUGGAAAUGCUCGCGAUAGCGAUGAAGAGCGGAGACGACAUAUCGAGGAUAUUGUCCAGAUGUUACGGACUCGUGUUGCAGGGAGAGGUGUGUGCAGGGAGGGUAUCGAACGGUUGGGACAGCUUGAAGGGUUUGAAUCGAUUUGGCAGGAGGAUAACCUCAGCAUUGCGGGUAACUUUGUCGAUCUUGAAAUCGAGUUCCAUCCGGGGAAGCACACGGUGAAAGACGUGAGUUUGAAAUAUGCGACACCGGAGGCUACCGAGGGUGAAGGGAGAGAUGAGGCCACUGCUGUCUUGAAGCGGGAUCUGAUGCAGUCGCCUGAGGAAAUAGAACGGGGUGCUUGGAAAUCGCUGACUGGGUUUUAUGAGAACCUGCGGUGGCUGGCCAAGUUGGACCGGCUCAGUCAAGAGGUCAACUGUUUUGAGGCUAUUGAAGGUCUUUACGAGAGUUUGAAACGGAUCUGGGACGAAGAAAGCAAGCAUCUGAAGUUCCCUGAGAUUUACGAGCAUCUGUGCAGUGGAUGGGUUGGUCGACCAUCUCUACACAGAGGAGGUCGAAUCGGAAUCAGUCUGGAUUACUGGGUAUACCAAGCGAAAGUCUUGGAUGCGAAACGAAAAAGCACAUCGCCUGAUGCAAUGGUACUUGACAACGCUGACCAGGAGUUUGAUGAUCAUCAACAUAAAAUGUGGAGCGUCAUGAUCGAGUGUGAAGAGGGUUACCCAUCACUCCGUGUGUCCAAAGACUGGGUAAACUCCAAAGUUCUGACAGCUACAAGCACCGACGAAUCGUCUGCUCCCAACGAAAAUGCUACACCAGACAUCCCUAUGGUCAACUGGGCCGAGCCGCCAAUGACUACGACUUCCGACAAUCAAGGCAACCCGGAUGCUAUGACACUUGAUUCGGGCAUGCUGGGUUCAUCCACGCCAAAUCGCCGCUUUGUCGCAAAGAUAGAGCCACCCCUCGAUAUUCCUAUUCUUGCAGCUUCCGAUAUCUACAGACAACUGGGACUUCAAUUGCCCCAAGAGUUCAGAAUGGUGACGUACGAUGGUUUGCUGGUUCCGGGAUCGUCACCAUUGUCCGGCGCAGAUAUUAUGGGCUUUGGCACUGAUGAGCCACCGCAGGCUGAUCGAAGGAAACGUCGACUGUCUGUACAGGCGCUUGAUUCAGAAGGCAAGCCCUGCAAAAAGCAACACGGCUACACAUUCCAGGCCUUUGAAUCAGUUGCUGGCAGGACCAUGCGGGAUAUUCCAUUUUCGCAUCCCCGUCAACUUGCAGAGAUCUUCCCGGUUCUGCGCCAGUAUGCCACGUUGGAGAAUAUGGUUCAAAAGAUCUUUUAUACCCCGUCGCAAGAUCACUACAGCAAACAAAAUGGGCCGGGGUCUAUGAGUCUUGACAAAAAGCAGCAGGCUGCGCAAUCAAGCACAACCAAUGGAAAAGGAGACGUGACCAUUUUGAGCAAUCAAGACCCUAACGAACAGAAGCUCGACGCCCUGAUGAAAGGGCUUAAUGUGGAGGGUACGUCGACCAAUAACGAUGCAGACGACGUCAAAAUCGACAUCACGCUGCGGACGCAACUUGGACAGGCACCCGUGAUCAUGCUACUCUUCACAAUCAACGACGCGUCCAUCGAAAACGACUAUCUGAACACCUUUUCGAUCAGUUUCGAGGUGGGAUUGAACGGGCACAUCACAGUCGUAGACACGUCUGGCUUGUGGGAGGAGCCGGUUUCCGGCGACGACAGGCCCGAAGGCGCAGAGACAGGAGACCAAAAGGACGAAGCGUCGGAAAUGCCGAAGAAGAUCGCCCGCGCGCUCGAGGUCUCUCAGGAUCUAGGGAUAUUGGUGGAGUGGGUUCUGCGAUGGAGACGGCAGCGGAAGAGCACAGCUGAAACUUCGACCGUUAUCUCCAACACGGAUAACCUCAUGAAAUAUAUGGACCUCCCCCAGAGGGGUCACAUCCAAGCAGAGUACGUCUGGAUUGACGCCACCGGUGGUUGCCGUUGCAAAACCAAGACCCUCUCGAAACCCAUCACCUCUGUCGAUGAGCUUCCCGAAUGGAACUUCGAUGGUUCGUCAACCGGCCAGGCUGGUGGUGACAACUCCGAUGUCUACCUCCGCCCCGUUGCUUUCUUCCCCGAUCCCUUCCGCCGUGGCGACAACAUCCUCGUCCUCUGUGAAACCUGGGAUUCGGAUGGUACUCCCAACAAGUUCAACUACCGCCACGAAGCCAACCGCCUGAUGGAAGCCCACUCCAAGGAAGACUGGUGGUUCGGUCUGGAACAGGAAUACACCCUGCUUGGUACCGACGGCUGGCCGUACGGAUGGCCCAAGGGCGGUUUCCCCGGUGCCCAGGGUCCUUACUACUGCGGUGUUGGUACGGGCAAGGUCUACUGCCGUGACAUCGUCGAGGCUCACUUCCGUGCUUGCUUGUACGCCGGUGUCAAGAUCUCCGGUAUCAACGCUGAGGUCAUGCCUUCGCAAUGGGAGUACCAAGUUGGACCUUGCAAUGGCAUUGAGAUGGGUGACCACCUCUGGAUGUCCCGUUUCUUCCUCCACCGUGUCGCUGAAGAGUUCGGCGUCAAGAUCUCGUUCGAGCCCAAGCCCGUCAAGGGUGAGUGGAACGGUGCCGGUCUUCACACCAACGUCUCGACAGCCUCGAUGCGUGACGACGGUGGUAUGAAGGUCAUCGAAGCCGCCAUGAAAAAGCUCGAGGCCCGUCACGUUGAGCACAUUGCCGUCUACGGUGAGGGUAACGAAGAGCGUCUCACUGGUCGUCACGAGACCGGUAACAUCGACAAAUUCAGCUACGGUGUUGCCAACCGUGGUGGCAGCAUUCGUAUUCCCCGCCAGUGCGCCAAGGAUGGCAAGGGUUACUUCGAGGACCGCCGUCCCGCCAGUAACGCUGAUCCUUACCAGAUCACUGGUAUCAUCGUCGAGACUCUCUGCGGUGGCAACUAG